AAGCCUGACAACCCUAGGCGAAGCGAUGCCGAAGUACUAUUGCGACUACUGCGACACCUACUUAACUCACGAUUCGCCUUCGGUGCGGAAAACUCACUGCACCGGCCGCAAGCAUCGCGACAAUGUAAAAUUCUACUACCAGAAGUGGAUGGAGGAGCAGGCCCAGCAUUUAAUCGACGCCACCACCGCUGCCUUCAAAGCCGGAAAGAUCACAAAUAAUCCAUUUGCCGGCGGACCAUCUGCGGCUCCUCCCAAGCCGGCGGGUGUCUCCAUACCGCCGCCCAACAUGGGUGCUCCUCCACGUCCGGGAAUGCCAGGAAUGCCGUACAUGCCACCAAUGAUGAAUCCCAUGAUGACAGGCAUGCGUCCGCCGCCGAUAAUGAAUCCAAUGGCCAUGAUGGGACCACCGCCACCGUUGGGCACUAUUCCUGGCGUGCGACCGUCCAUCAUGAACGGACCCAAUUGACAGAAAUCUGGGAUAUCCAGCGCUCGUAAGCAGCCCACUUCUUGAGGUGGCCUAAUUAAGUCGUAGCCUUUAAGUAACAAUUAUUGCAACCAAAACAAAUUAUGUAAAUUGAUAUAAAAAAGGAAGUCUUAUCAAGAAA